CUUUAAUCACUUAAUGAAUGGUAUCCUAUUCAUCUCUAACAUUAUAUUAUCUGGUGAAUCUCAGCUUAUUGAUUUGUAUCAUCAUUCAUAAUAGAGCGAGUGAUAGUGUAAAGGGACCUUUACGGAAAUUUCAUGACAAAUCAUUUUUGCUUUAUUUAAACAAUCAAGCGAGAUGUUAAAGCAUCAUUGUGUUAUCCUGAAGCAAGGAAUCUGGUGGAUACUUAAAUGUCACGACAGAGUGCUGAAACGUUGUUCCCAUCAGAAGAUGAGUCGCCGCAGCCUUCGUCGCAGCUUGAGCCUGAAAAGAAAUCCAAGAAAAGGGCACAUGACAAAUUAAAAACCGGUGAACCAUCAAGUCCCACACCGGCGCGUGUUGCGAAGAAAUCAAUGAAGUCCAUCAUCAAUCCCAUCGCACCGCCACCAAAAAAGAUCACUGCAUACGAUCUUUUCGGCACAGAUAGUGAAGAUGACGAGACUGAAGAGACCUCUACACCUACAUCUGCGGGUAAAAAAAUACAGCCUUUAGUUUCGUAUUUAACAAGAAGACUGGCUAACGGUCAUUCAAGACAAUCUUUCGAGGGUAAGACAGGAACGCACUUCAUCGACCUGAAAGUGUACCGAUGUGAUGAGGUCGAAAAUGUCCAGCCCGUAAAUAGAUGGCGUCAUGCCAUCAUAUGUGUUAAAAACCGCACGAAUGAAGAUACUGAGGCAUGGCGCCACUUAACAAACUUCAUCAUUGCGACACGAAAAGAGUAUAAAAAGUGCACUCCCACUUUUAUCAGCAACUAUUAUUAGAAAUUAUUCCACUACGUCACACAAUAUUCUUUUGAAAAAUUGUAUUGUCACAUAUGUUAUGAAAUUAAUAAACUUGUAUAAUGUUGUUGUUUUUUUUACAGUCACCCCUGCACCAAAGCUAAGUCAGGUCAGCUUGGUGAGAUGUGAAAAUUGUCACGUUGAUAUACCUGAAAAUAGAUAUCAAUAUCACUUAAGAACUAAUUUACAUAAGUCGAAUUGUUUAUUGAAUACCAAAUAUAAUAACAUUGAAGUAAUUUCAACAGCUUUCAAAAAUAGAAUAAUAAGUUAUAAAUUAAGUCCUUUUGAGGAGUACCUCACACCCGAAUCGUUCCUAAUAGAUAACGAGAAAUAUGUUAUUAAAAUUAUAAACAACUCUUUGAAAAGAUUUCAAAGUGUUAAAUUAAACUUCGAGCUUUUUGUUUUCUUUUAUCUCUCUAAAACAGGAGAAAAACAGCUGAAGUCAUUUAACACAAAAUAUAGUAUCAUAUCUAAAGGUACUGAUGUUCAUGAAUUAUAUUUAAAAACAAUUAAUACGUUUGAAAAAAAAAUAUCUGAAUUUCAACAUCGCGAAUCUGGCUGGACUUGCGAAUCAAUGAGUCAUCUAGAAAUAAACAUAAAUAAGUAUUCUCCUUUCAGGGGUGGCUCUUACAUAGCUCUUCCGAGUGUAGUUAAAAAUACUAAAAGUUGCAUAAAUAUACGCAACAAUGACAAUCAUUGUUUUUUAUGGUCUAUAGUUGCUGCAUUAUUUCCACAAAAUAAUAAUGUUUGUAGAACUAGUUCGUAUCCACAUUACUCAAAAGUACUAAAUAUAGAUGGUAAUAUGUCAUUUCCACCAUCAUAUAAAGAUAUUAAAAUGUUUGAGAAAAUAAAUGAACUGAGUAUUAACGUUUAUGGAUUGGAUAAUAAACAUAAUGUAACUGGUCCUUUGUAUAUAACUACAGCAAGAAAAAGUAACCAUAUAAAUUUGCUGUACAUUCAGAAGAAUGGUAAAGGUCAUUACUGUUUAAUAAAAAAUCUUUUGAAGCUGGUAAAACGACAAGUAACUAAUCACACAAGUAACAUGUAUUUGUGUGAGUUAUGCUUACAGACUUUUACCAGUAAAACAAAAUAUACUUCUCACAAUUGUAAUGAAAUAUUGACUGAAUUACCAUCGAAAAAUAGUUAUUUACAAUUUAAAAACUAUGAAAGGCAACAAAAAAUUAAUUUUAUUAUUUAUGCUGACUUUGAAAGUAUUCUAAUGAAGUGUAACGAAAAUAAAUCUGAGAAUACUCGAUUAUAUGAAAUGCACCAACCGUCUUGUUUUGGUUACUAUAUUUGCUGUUCUCAUGAUCCUAAAUUAAAUAAAUAUGUUACAUACAAAGGAUCAGAUUGUGUGCAAGUAUUUGUAAAAUAUUUAAUAGAUGAUAUUCAAGAAAUCUAUCGCAUAUUGUCUAAGAAAUUACCCAUGACACCGUUAACAUUGGAACAAGAAAUUAGCUUUGAAAAUGCUACAAAUUGCUAUAUUUGUAAUAAUUUACUUCUUGAUGAUAAAGUACGUGAUCAUGACCAUAUCACUUCAGAGUACCGUGGCCCUGCACAUUCUUAUUGUAAUUUAAUAAAUAGAGUGUGUUCAUUCGUGCCUGUGGUUUUUCAUAACUUGGCGGGCUAUGAUUGUCAUCUUUUUAUUACGGAGUUAGCAAAAUACGACGGUUAUUUUAAAAUAAUACCAAAAUCGAAAGAGAAAUAUAUUACUGUAACGAAAGUAUUAAAAAAUAAAUAUAGUUGUUCAUUUCCUAUUCAAAUAAAAUUUAUAGAUUCUUUUCAAUUCCUCAAUUCAAGCCUAGAUGUAUUAUCUAAAAAUUUACACGAAAAAGAUUUUGUUAAUUUAUCCAGAGAAUUUCAAAACAAAGACCAAUUGAAGUUGCUACUUCAAAAAGGUGUUUACCCUUACGAGUAUAUGGAUUCUAUUGAAAAAUAUGAAGAAACUGCUCUUCCUUCAAAGGAUUGUUUUUACAAUAGUUUGAAAGGUGAACAUAUAAAUGAUGAUGAAUACAAACAUGCUCAAAGUGUAUGGAAUCUAUUUUCUAUUAAAUCCUUGAAUGAAUACACAGAUUUAUAUCUAAAAACAGAUGUAUUUCUUCUUUGCGAUAUAUUUGAAAAUUUUAGAAAUACUUGUUUACGACAUUAUAAACUUGAUCCGGCUUAUUAUGUCACCGCUUCAAGUUUAACCUGGGAUGCGAUGUUAUUAUAUACAGGUAUCCGGUUAGAAUUAAUUAGUGACCUGGAGAUAUAUGAAUUUUUAGAAAAAGGAAUACGUGGAGGAUUAGCCCAGUGUUCUCUUCGUAACGCUGUAGCUAAUAAUAAAUAUCUGUCAGAUUUCGAUGAUUCUCAACCAUCAACUUACUUGAUAUACCUCGACUGCAAUAACUUAUAUGGUUAUGCAAUGACUAAAAAGCUUCCUAUAUCUGACUUCCGACUGUUAUCCACGACCGAAAUUGAUAACUUAGACAUUGCAAACAUAUCAAAUGAAUCAGAUUUUGGAUAUAUUUUGGAAGUGGAUUUAGCAUAUCCUGAGUACUUACAUAAUGCGCACAGUGAUUUACCUUUUGCGGUAGAAAAAUUCACUCCUCCGGGAGGUAAAAACCCAAAAUUAAUAGCAAAUUUGUAUGAUAAAUUUAAAUAUGUGAUACAUUACGUUCAUUUAAAAGAAUGCUUGAAGAAUGGGCUUAUUAUACGAACAAUUCAUCGUGUUCUAACUUUUAGACAACAAAACUUUCUACAAAAAUACAUUGACUUAAAUACUCGAUUACGCCAAGCAUCAUCAUCUGAUUUUGAGAAGGAUUUUUUCAAGCUUCUAAAUAAUGCUAUAUUUGGAAAAACUAUUGAAAAUAAGAGGAAACAGGUUAAUAUUAAGUUAGUAACCAAGUGGAAUGAUAACAACAAUAAAACUAACAAACAGCUUAGUGCCGAAAAGUUGAUUGCGAAACCUAAUUUAAAAAAUAUUACAGUUUUCUCCGAAGACUUAGUUGCAAUUCAUCUGAGUCCGGAAAAAAUAAUACUUGACAGACCUAUAUAUAUCGGUUUCACGGUUCUGGAAUAUGCAAAACAACACUUAUAUAAAUUUCACUAUGACUUUAUUAAAAACAAAUAUCGAAAUAAAGUACGACUUUGUUAUACUGACACAGAUAGUCUUUUAUAUUUUAUAAAAACCAAAGAUUUUUAUAAAGAUAUGAAAGAUGAAAUAACAAAUUUUGACACUAGUAAUUUUGAUGUGAAUAAUUGCUGUAAUAUGCCUAGAGUUAAUGCGAAAAUUCCGGGUCUAUUUAAAGAUGAACUUGGAGGUGAAAUCAUCACUGAGUUCACUGGAUUGAGAGCUAAGCUUUAUUGUAUUAACAGUAAAAAGAUCCAAAUUAAAAAGGCAAAAGGUGUAUCUAAAUCUGUAACAAAACGAUUAAAGUUAAAACAUUACAAUAGCACUUUAAACAGCGACGUUAAUUUCAAAAGUAAAAUGAACAUGAUAAAAUCGAUUAAACAUGUAUUAUAUUCUCAAGAAGUAAAUAAAGUAGUCUUGAAUAAAACUGAUGAUAAAAGACAAAUACUUUCAAACCAAAUUGAAACCUUACCUUGGGGUCAUUGCAAUACAAUAUUUUGAAUUUUAAGAUUUAAAUGUAAAAUUACAAAUGUUAGAAUUAAAAGGUUUAUUACCAUAAUUUUAUGCUAUUCUGUGAUUCCAGAUUAUAUUAGG